UUUGAAAAACUGUAACGGAACUGGUGGUACUUGUGGACUUUGUCCCAUCUUCGUCAGCACUGUGCUGGUUGCCCAUUUGGCCAAUGAUUUUUUCUUUCUUUUUUGUGUGUGUGGUGUUUAUAUUUAUAUGGAAUUGAAACCGUGCCAGUUAGUUCCACUAGAAAGUUAGAAACGUAGCACUGGACGACAGCUGACCAAAGAAAAUGUCCAAGAAAAAAAGAAAUUCCGAAAAAAGAGGUAUUCCGACACAAGAUGGUGUUGUUUUUUAGCAGACGAUCGUGUUGAAAUGGACACUUGUUGAAUCGCGUAAAAAUUUGAAGACUCGUCUCAAACAAAAUAAAACAGUAUUUUCCUUCAGAACAAUCCUUUUAUUGUCGGAGAUGGGAACCAAUGCUGCUAGCUCAGCUGAUCGGCUGAAGGUUAUCCUGUCUCAUCUACCCAAAAAACCAGGAAAUAUCCCAUUUGAUUUUUUGGGAAGUAAAAAGUCUUUUGAAAUAUCACCAGCCCCAGAAGGAUUGGAAAGUGCAAUUACACUACUCUUCACAGAAGAUUGCCUAGAGUUUUUGGUGAAACUAGUUGAAACCUUUGAUAAAAAAGCUGAUGAGGUGCUGCGUCAGCGAAUAUUGCGACGGUGCGCCGUGGAAAGCGGCAAGAUGCCGGAAUUUAUUUCCAAAAGACCCAACAAAUCCAAGGGAUGGAAGAUUGAUGCCCUCCCACGCCGUUUGGUCAACAGAAAGUUGGACCUCGGUGAUAUCAGCCCCGCUAGGACUGAUCUGCUGGUGGCCGCCAUGAACGCAAAUGUUCAAGGCAUCCAAGUGGAUUUUGAUGAUGGCCAUUGCCCAUCGUGGCGAAAUCAACUUCAAGGCCUUUAUAACGUUUUCCUGGCUGUUAGAAAUCAGCUGCCCGGAACACACGCUCUGGACAAAGUGCCCGUGAUGAUGUUGCGUCCAAGAGCAUGGAACAUGAUGGAGCACAACGUGAUGAUCAAUGGUCGUGAAAUUCCCGGUCCUCUACUGGACUUUGGAAUUCUCAUGUAUCAUAAUGCACGGAUCAUGGCCGACUUGGAAUCCGGUCCCUUUUUCUACUUGUCUAAAGUGGAGAGUUCCCUGGAAGCCCGUCUUUGGGACCAGAUCUUCACGUGGACGGAAAACCAACUAGGGUUGAAAUUUGGCACCGUAAAAAGCUGCGUCUUGAUAGAAAACAUUUUGGCGACAUUUGAAAUGGAGUCUAUUCUUUACGAAUUACGUCAUCAUUGUAUCGGUUUGAAUUGCGGCAUUUGGGAUUACUCGGCUUCCAUUAUUUCUCUUUUUGGUCGUCGACCCGAAUUUGUCAUAUCUGAUCGUGUUCGUUACGUUAAUAUCGAUCAACUCUUCUUGAUUUCGUACAUCAAACUAUUAAUCAAGGUUUGCCAUAAACGUGGAGCCUUGGCCACAGGAGGCAUGGCCGCUUUAGUUUUAGACGGCGAUGCUUCCAACAACCGAGAAAACGUCAUCAAGCGUGUUUGUGAAAGUAAACUCAAAGAAAUUCGUCUGGGAUUAGAUGGUUUUAUGGUUCACGACCUUGGACUUAUCCCCCAUAUUAAUAAGCUUUGGAAUGAUCAUUGCUCAGGAGAUAAUCAAGUGAAAAUCAAGCUGCCAGCGUUCAAGAAAAACGCCGCUGAUUUGCUCAAAGUCCCUGUUGGCCAGGUUAGCCUUUCUGCCCUUGAACACAAUAUAGCAGUGGCAACUCUUUUUAUUGAAGCCUGGCUGAGACAAUCGGGAACAUUCUCGUUCCGUGGAGCUGUAGAAGACUCGGCCACGGCUGAAAUAUCUCGCUCACAAGUUUGGCAGUGGAUUUUCCAUCGGGUACCUCUGGAAGAUGUUGAAGGCACCCGUGUUUCCCGCCAGCUCGUCUUCGAUCUAGUCGACUCAUUUAGCCACCAAUUGUCCGUGUCCAUGGGCGAAGUGGAAAAAAAUCGCCUAAUGAUGGCGGUUAAGAUAUUCAAAGAGCUGGUGACUGCCCGAGAUCCACCCAUCUUUAUAACAACUUACCUGAAUAACCACUCAUGCUUUCUGAACGCUUGUCGGCUUUCCAAGCCGUGAGUGACGAUCCGAAAAAGAAAGAUUCAUGUUUUCGUCAUGUAGAAACUACAUGAGACCAUCUGACGCUUGGUGAUAGAACAAUAUGCGUCAGGGUAAUGUAGCCUUGAUUAGUGUGGAACUUAGAGAUGAAGUAGAACGUGGCUUAUUACGUAGACGUUCGUCACGCUUAACAAUUAAGGCUGGAAUACCGGCACUUUCUUCCAGCUGUUUGCGGUCGGUCCUUAUCCAUCUUGUUGCCACUAUUUAGAAAUAUACUCAUGGUUGUGUCAUUAGGAAUUCACUAACAUCGUUUUAUGGGUUGUUAGCUGUAUUUUGGCGGAUAAAUACGAUAAUACAGAUAUCAUAUAUAUAUUCGAUACUAA